AUGGGGCUGAGGGCGCGGAGAGCUGAGCGGGGAGCUGGCGGAGGGCCACAGUCUGAGCAGCGGGGGCUAGGCGGAGGGCGGUCAGGGAGAGGAGCUGCAGGCGACGGCCGGAGGAAGCCGAAGGCCGGGGAGCCGAGGGCCAGCAGGCACCCGCGGGGGCCGAAAAAGAAUGUUGGGAAGAACCUGCUGCGGGGGCUGAAAAGGGCAGCCGGUGGGGGCUGGAGGGGCUGCAGAGGCCGGACUGACAGUGGCCAGUGGGUGGCACUCCAGUGGCGAUCGGGUGGUGGUCUAGAGGCUGAGAGGAGCUCUGGUGGCGAGCUACUAUUUCCGGUGGCCGGGGGUGGCGGUCUGGUGGCCAGGAGGAGCUCCGAUGGCGGAGCUAGCCGAAGGUGUUCCAGGAGGCGGCCAGGGAGCGGAGCGACGACCGGGGUGUUGAGCGUGGGGGUCGGGAGCUGCCACGGCGGCGGGGCCGGGAGGUGCUGCAGGCAGCGGCAGCGGAGAGGCGGGUUGGGGCCUGAGCGUGGGGGUUAG